AUUUACAAUAACUACAGUUAUAUGGUUGACCACAGAUAUCAUAAUUGGUUGAUGUAUGAUCACUUAAUUGGAAGCUGAAAUAUUAACAAAAUAAAAAAAAAUAUUAAAAAAAAAAUCCUAUACAUGUCUUCGUCGUAAUACCGUCCAAAUUAUUCAUCAACCACAAAUCCCAAAUUCCCAUCACUUGAUCCGUAGUUAUGGCAAAGCUGUCCCCAACGAACCUAAUCCCCGCCGACACAAUUCCCUAAACCCUAAAUUUCACUUUCUUAUCUUUCUUUCAGCGAAGAAGAAGAAGAAGAAAGAAGAAGAACAAGAAGAUAUGCCCAUCUCCCGCCUCAAAAUGGGAACCAGAGAAGAAAUCACACGCCCCGAACUCCUCAAAUCCGCCAUUGCCGAAUUCUUCUCAACCAUCCUCUUCGUCUUCGCUUCCCGGGGCUCCUCCAUCUCCUUCCAAAAACUCACCGGUUGUGUCAGUCAGACGCCGACAGGGCUCCUCAUCUCGGCCUUUUCCAACUCAUUCGCCCUCUCCGCCGCGAUCGCCGCAUCGGCAAACACCUCCGGCGGCCACCUGAACCCAGCAAUUACCUUCGCCAUCUUCCUCGGCGGCCACAUAACCCUGAUCCGCGCCAUCCUUUACAUUGCCUCCCAGCUCAUCGCCUCCAUAACGGCGGCCUUCCUCCUGAAAUUGGUCAUCGGAGCAGAUCCAUCGGCGGCGAUGCCAUCAUCGCCGACAUCAAAUGCAGUAUUGCUCGAGGGAUUGAAGACCUUUGGGCUCGUGAUGACGGUGUGCGCGGUGGCGGCGAAGGGGAAAUUGGGAGGAGGGGGAGCGGUAUUGGCGCCAUUGGUUAUAGGGUUUUCGGUGGGAGCUAACGUGAUGGUGGGCGGGUCGUUUGAGGGGGCGGUGAUGAACCCGGCGGCAAUGUUUGGGCCGGCGGUGGUGGGCUGGGCUUGGGAUGGGAAAUGGCUUUGCUGGGCUGGGCAGUUCCUCGGAGGUGGACUUGCCGGGAUUUUGUAUGAGUUUUUCUUUGGGACUAUUGAGUUAUUAUAAUGAGUUGUUUGUUCAGCCUCUGCUCGAGCAGGAUAAUGGGCCGUUCUAGUGUUCUAGCU